CAUAAUUGAAUUCAAAUAAGAUAAAACAAAAGAAAAAAACGAAAAGUAAAGCUAAAAAGUUACAAACAGUCAAACAGUACAGUAAAGAAGAAGAAGCAGAGUAUCAAAAAUCUCCCUCUUACCAAGAAUUAGGGGUUUUUUUGGAUCGAAUUCGCGGCAAGUAGGCUCAUUUUCUUCCGACAACAGUGGUCUUCUUUCCAGAUAUGUCUCUCCGAGUUUCGAAGCAGUAAGCCCUUUUAUUUACUUCACUCACUCAAAUCUUCUUACUGUCACUCGAAAAUCAAAGACCAGAUCUUCACUAGUCCUAGGAUGAUUGAGAGAGUACUCCGUUGGAGGUGUGCUAAGCUAAAAAGACAAGACACAAAUCCGAAUCAACAUAUGUUUCUGUCUCAUAGUUUGGUGUGGAGUGUCUUUCACAGAUAUGUCUAGAGAAGCCAAGAUGUUGUACGCUUGAGGGUUUAAUCUAAGCUAAAGAUGGGUUCACUAUGUUGUGUGGCUGCAAAAUCAGAUAGGUCAGAUUCUGCAAGUAGAGACUUCUCGUUUGGUCCCCAUGAGCCUUAUUGGAGGACUAAUACAAGUUUCUCUCCACCUUCAUCGAGAUGGGAUGUCCCUGGCUUAACCGGUGGUAUUAGCUUAUACGGAUCCUCCACAUCAUCAAACGCUAAUCACAACACUACCAAACCACAACGAGCGGUUUCAAGUAUAUUUAGAUGCGGUUUGUGUAACAGAUACAUCUCACAGAAAUCUCCUUGUGGAUCUCGGUCCAUCGUAAGAAACCGAGACAUGCCCGUCACGGGAGUGCUUCCAUGUCAACACGUCUUUCACGCUGAGUGUCUUGACCAAUCAACUCCAAAGGCUCACCGCGGUGAUCCGCCUUGUCUAAUAUGUAUCAAACAAGAAGGAGAGCAGUCUAAGUCACACAACAUUGUCCUGAGGCUUAAACCGUUUUGUGAAGAUGGGCCAUCAUCUACAAGACAGUGGGCCUGUGCUCAGGUUGGUGACUGUGUUGAAAGUGCUGUUAAUGUGCCGCCGAGAAACACCAUGGUGAUGGUAAACAGGAACAGGAUGAGGAAAAGCCUCCCCUUGAGAGGAAGCUCAAGCAAGGAUUCUCCAAGAAGAGUCAAGAAAAGUAGCUCAUUUAUGGAAAGUUUUACUAAUCAAGUCUCGCUUGUGCAUUCUAGAGGGAAAGAGAAGGUUUAAUGGCAGCUGGAAAAAAGAAGCAGAGAAAUCAAAAAGGUUGAUUCUUUGACGUCUUUUAAACUUUUGACAAGUGUCACACCAAAGGACUGUAAAGUAUUCAUUCUGGAGACCUGUAAGCAAAUUUGUUAGACCUUUGAUUGUUUUUUUUUGUCUUGUAAUCAUCUACUUGCUGGCGAGUGGCGAUCAUCUUAAUUAACCGGUUUAUUAUCCAACCGAUAAGUUAUUUUA